AUGCCAACCGUCUUGCUGCCCUCGUCGGCAGCCGCAUUCGCUCCACGCUCGUCGCCGAACGUGGUGUUGAAUGCGCGCAUCGAGCCUUGGCUGACUGCCACCCUCAAAAGAGUGAACCGAGUCAAGCGACCCCUUAACAAUGUUACCCAGCAUACCAGAUGCCUUACGGAGACGCUGUCAUCCCCCGACGCCAUCUGGACGCUGUGCUCUCUGAUGUUUCCCAAGGCCCCCGAUGCGGAACUCAAGAAGGACGACAACCCCCUCGUUGAGGCCAUGUGCAACUACCAGAUGGUCCACAUCGAAGCGUACGUCGUGCAUGUCGACAUGGUUUCGCAGAAAGAAGUCGCCUUUAAAUUGACUCCGGAGACCAUCGAGGCUCUCGUCGACUACCACAAGGACGUCUAUUCCGUCGACACGGCUGCCAGCACUUGGGACUGGUCCGACAAGGAUAGUCAGCUGAAGAAGCUGCAGGAGGAAUUUGUGCAAGCCGUCAACAAGUUUGUCUAUCGCACAGAGGCGCUCGCGCUGGAAGGGCUCGAGGAGGAUGGCGCAGGCGAACUGCUUGGCGGCCGCAGCGAUGACGCGAAGGCGGCGAUAACCAGUCUCUUCGUGCCUCUACUUCCCCCGCCGCCACGUGUAGUUGACGUCCUCCGGUCGACCCCUAUCCUUCCCAGCUCGACCGUACCGGGAACCUGGUGGCAGGAGCCGAUGCCACAAACACUGCCUUUGGAGUCGUGGAAGGUCCUCCCAUCCAGCCCCGCAACAACCAGCACUGGCGAGCCGAACGCUGCUUACUUCCCCAACGUUCAGCCAGCCGUAUACCACUUCACCAUACAAUGCGACACAAUACUACAGCACAGCGGCGACGUCGGCGACCAUCGCGGCGCUCCCGCUGCCGAGCAUGCUAGUGCAACCGUGCAGCACAGUGGCUGGUCUGGCGGGGUUUGGAUGGGAGAACCGGUACCAAGAUCUUACACUGCCAUACGGGACAACAAUGUAACAGGUCCAUGGAACCAGACACUUGAUGUUAACGGUAUCCCUGACUUCGCGUGUCUUUGGAAUAGAUCCGAGGAUCCGUACCGACAAUAUGACUACGGCUCCAUGCCACCGGGGCCCGCGUAUACACAGUCACGAGAACGACCGGGGUCCUAUCCCCACGGAUACCCUCAUCAGACUAAUUGGCAUCAAUGA